GUAGUUCUGAUAGAUGAGACUCGAGGGGGUGUAAAUGACAAAUUAGAGGUGUGGAGGCAAACUCUUGAGUCUAAAGGGUUCAGGGUGAGCAAAAGCAAGACAGAGUAUGUGGAAUGCAAGUUUAAUGACGUGAGGUGGGAGAAUGAGGUAGUAGUGAAGCUGGAAGCGCAGGAGGUAUGUAAGAGGGAUAAUUUCAAGUACCUUGGGUCCGUGAUCCAGAGUAACGGUGAGAUUGACGAGGAUGUCUCGCACCGUAUUGGGGCGGGAUGGAUGAAGUGGAAGAUCGCGUCGGGGGUGCUGUGUGAUAAGAAGGUGCCGCCCAAGCUUAAAGGUAAAUUCUACAGGGUGGUAGUUUGUCCGGCCUUGUUGUAUGGAGCGGAGUGUUGGCCAGUUAAGAACUCCCACAUCCAAAAAAUGAAGGUGGCAGAAAUGCGGAUGUUGCGCUGGAUGUGUGGGCUAACUAGAGGGGAUAGAGUUUGGAAUGAGACUAUC